GAUUCCCUGUCAAUUAAUUUUCAUGUGAAAACUCAGGUUUUCAGAGAGUGAUAAACUCAUGCACAAUCUUUAUUAGAGAAACACUACAUCAUAUGAUUACUGCUUUAUAGGAGAAAACACGCGAUCGUUUUUGUCUUUGAAACUACUUCAGUAUUAGCCGUUGAGUAUUGAACACAUUAAUCAGUUUGUUUCUAUCACUUGCUGGAACAGGCACUUUAUCCAAAUCGUUGGCGUGUAAGAUGGGAAGGGUUAUUAGAAGUCAGCGUAAGGGUGCUGGGGGCAUAUUCAAAGCACAUACGAAGCAUCGUAAAGGAGCUGCUAGAUUGCGGCCAGUCGACUUCGCCGAACGUCAUGGAUAUAUCAGAGGUGUCGUCAGGGAAAUAAUCCACGAUCCGGGUAGAGGAGCCCCACUAGCCAGAGUUACUUUCAGGGAUGUUUACUCCUACAAACUGAUCAAACAAACAUUCAUUGCUGCAGAAGGCUUACAUACUGGUCAGUUUGUGUAUUGUGGUAAGAAAGCCAAACUUCAGAUAGGUAAUAUUCUUCCCAUUGGUGCUAUGCCCGAAGGUACAGUGGUCUGCAAUCUCGAAGAAAAGUGUGGUGAUCGUGGGAGACUUGCUCGUGCAAGUGGUAACUAUGCCACAGUGGUUGCUCAUAAUCCUGACACGAAGCGAACCAGGGUUAAGCUUCCAUCAGGAGCCAAGAAAGUUUUGCCUUCUGCAUGUCGUGCAAUGAUUGGUCUCGUUGCUGGCGGUGGCCGUGUAGAUAAACCGAUCUUGAAGGCUGGUCGUGCUUAUCAUAAGUACAAAGCUAAAAGGCAUUGUUGGCCUGUAGUUCGGGGUGUUGCCAUGAAUCCGGUUGAACAUCCUCACGGUGGCGGUAAUCAUCAACACAUUGGUAAACCAUCAACUAUUCGUCGAGAUGCAUCACAUGGUCGUAAAGUUGGUCUCAUAGCAGCCAGAAGAACUGGACGAAUUCGCGGUACUCGUGUAAUAACUACGAAAUCUGACAAGGAAUAAAUACUAAAUAAAUAUGGUUUUCGAUA